AUGGUGUCUCUCUCUGGACUCUGGACCUACUGCCUCGCCCCCGGGAGACCUCAUCUCCUUUUCCUCUAUGCCAGACUGCUCCUGCUGCUUCUCUUAUUAACCGUCUUCACUUCCCCCGAGCCCUGCUUACCGCACCCCCAGCCGUGCCACAUCCUCGCCCGGAUAGGUCAUACCGUACGCCUCGGUGCGCUCUUGCCGACCCGCCAGCCGGCACGGAUACAAAACGCGCUCAACCGCGCCCUGGCUAGCCUCCGGCACCAGAGCGGAGGGGCAGAUUCCUCCACGACACCCUCUCAGGCACUACCCCUGCUGCCCUACAAUCUGAGCCUGGAGAUGGUGGCUCGAUCGCCCGCGGGUGGGGACCCGGAAUCGCUGUCCCGCAGCGCCUGUCAAGACCUGGUGGUCAGGGGGGUGUCCGCUAUGCUCGCCUUCCCCCGCUCCAGGGAGGAGCUGAUCCAGGUGGAGUUCCUCUCCUCUUUCCUGGAGAUCCCCUUCAUCUCCAUCCUGGAGGACACAGAACCUCUUGUGACCAAGAAUCAGUUCCACCUGCAGAUGUCAGCCCGUGUGCCUCCAUCAACUCUGGGCAGCCUGCUGCUGGCAGUCCUGCAGGGGGGAGAUGGAGAGAGAAACAGAGGAAACUGGGGAGAGAGCAGCUGGGGAGGUGCAGCUGUGAUUUGCCCUGGGUGGGAAGAGGGCGGUGAUGGGUUGCUCUCUCACCUGCAAAAGCACAGUGGUUCUGCCUGGCAUUUGUGGGAUAUCAUCAACCUGACUCACAUCUCAGGGGCGAGGGAUAGAAGAGGGGAGGCCAGCGAAGAGAGGCGAGAGGAUCAGAAGGAAGAAGAGGCUUUGAAGAUCCUUUCCACUCGUUUUCUGCGCUCCCCCUCUCCACUUUCCUCUGUUCUCCUCCUGGGCUCUGACCCCGAGUGUCUGUCCUCUGUCCUGCGUGCUGCUCAACGCCUGGCUCCAACACUACCAGCACUACAAUGGAUCAUGGGUUACCCCCUGUCGCCAGACUCGCUACACACCUUAGGGGGUCCCCUUGGCCUGUUAGCCUACGGCGAGGUCGGCCGCAAACCAAUCAGCUUCUACAUCCGAGAUGCUUUGCAGUUGAUUGGACGAGCAGUCACUGCAGCGACCAUGGUGAGGCCGGACUUGGCACUGAUCCAGAACACAGUUAAUUGUUACGACAAACCAAACCGACACGAGCUGCCCUCUUCAGGACAAUACCUGGCCAGGUUCCUUGCCAACACUUCCUUCAAUGGAGCUACAGGCCUGAUCCAAGUGGAUGCUGGAUUCUCCCGAGUCCUCUCUUCCCAGCUGUUUCAUGUCUGGAGCCUUAAAAGGGGUGCUCUGGGCCAGCCAGCCUGGGUUACCGUAGGCCAGUGGUCCCGAGGCAGGCUGGAGUUAGAGGGCGGGAUCCUGGGGCUGGUGGGAGGAUUCGGGAGCAGCCAGGGACAAGGUCUUGGAGCUGGUGUGAGAGGAGGAGAUGGCCAGGGGGAUUUUAAUGCUGGAGGACGUUGGAGGCCAGGACUUUCUGUUGAGGGAAACCGCCUGAGGGUGGUGACUCUGGUGGAGCACCCGUUUGUCUUCACGCGCGAGGUAGAUGAGGAUGGAUUAUGUCCAGCUGGUCAGCUCUGUCUGGACCCCAGAACCAACCGCUCAGACAUAAUCCAAGGCCUCUUCAACCAGCUGCACAACCCAAACGCUACAACUACAGACGGGGACGGCAAUGACCUACCAGAGGACCUGAGGAAGUGCUGCUAUGGGUAUUGCAUCGACUUGUUGGAAAAACUAGCUGAAGAUAUGGGCUUCACCUUUGACCUCUAUAUCGUGGGAGACGGGAAGUAUGGGGCAAUGAGUGGGACAGGACGCUGGACGGGGCUGGUCGGGGACCUGCUGGGUGGAACUGCUGACAUGGCUGUCACCUCUUUCUCCAUCAACUCUGCCAGGAGCAGAGUCAUCGAUUUCACCUCGCCCUUUUAUUCCACCAGCCUGGGCAUUCUGGUUCGUAGCCGUGACACUGCAGCCCCAAUCGGAGCCUUCAUGUGGCCUCUCCACUGGUCCAUGUGGGUGGGGAUUUUUGUCACGCUGCACCUCACCGCACUCUUCCUAACCUUGUACGAGUGGAACAGCCCCUUUGGCAUGACACCUCAUGGCAGGAAUAGGCUGCGUGUAUUCUCCUACUCCUCCGCCCUCAACCUCUGCUACGCCAUACUCUUUGGACGCACUGUCGCCACCAAGACUCCUAAAUGCUGGACAGGGCGUUUCCUGAUGAACCUCUGGGCCAUCUUCUGCUUACUGGUGCUAUCCAGCUACACCGCCAAUCUAGCAGCAGUCAUGGUCGGGGAGAAGACCUUCGAGCAGGUCUCAGGAAUUCAUGACGACAAGCUACACCAUCCCUCCCUGGGCUUUCGUUUUGGGACAGUGAGGGAGAGCAGUGCUGAGGAAUACUUGAAGAAGAGCUUUCCAGAGAUGCACGACUACAUGAGACGCUUCAAUCAGCCCACCACCCCUGAUGGCGUACAUAUGUUAAAGACAGAUCCUCCUACAUUAGAUGCGUUUAUCAUGGACAAAGCCCUGUUGGACUUUGAGGUCUCUAUCGACGCAGAGUGCAAGCUGCUCACUGUGGGGAAGCCAUUUGCCAUUGAAGGCUACGGUAUCGGCCUACCCCAGGGCUCUCCUUUAACCCGUAAUGUGUCAGAGUUUGUGAGUCGCUACAAGUCAGACGGCUUCAUGGACAUGCUACAUGACAAAUGGUAUAAGGUUGUGCCCUGCGGGAAGCGAGUCUUUGCAGUGACUGAGACUCUACAGAUGGGGAUCCAGCAUUUUUCAGGCCUUUUUGUGCUGCUGUGUAUGGGGGUGGGUGGAGCCUUACUGACCUUGGCAGGUGAACACACCUUCUAUCACCUGGUCAUCCCUCGCCUUCGGCGCACACACACAUUGCAAUACUGGCUACACACGAGCCAGAAAAUACACAGAGCUCUCCACACCACAUACGAGGACGUAGGGAAGGAGCUGACUGGCCUCGAUCAAAACCCCUCCUCUUGUAUCUCAGAGAACUGCACCCUACACAGGAAACAGCAUCAGCCUCCUCCCCCAUCUCCUCCCACAUCCCUCCCUGCUUCCUCUACAGCUGGGGACACUGUAACCUCCUCCUCACCAUCCCAUGAGCCCAAGGAGAAACGUGUACACUUUGACCUGGAAACCCUCCACAGCUACCGCCUGCGCACACACACCGCCUCAGUGCGCGGCAGGCCCGGGAUGGUUGGCCGUCCAGGGCUUGGUCUCGGAGGAUUAGGGUUGGGCAACUUUGGGAGUUUUACCUCCCCUCCACAAAUUAGCCUCCAUGCCAACGGGGGCCCUGCAUCGGCAUUGGCUUCUACAGGCUUGGUGCUCUCUCCCCUGGGGAGCAGGGCUGCUCAGACCAGCCUGUGGGAGGGGGAGCUCCAGGAGCUGCAAGGGAAGAUUGAGAUAUUCCGCACACAGCUGAGAGAGGCUCUGGCGAGGAGAGCUGAGAUCCAAAGCAGCCUGGAGAGAGAGAGGAGUGGACUUGUGCGCAGGGAUACCAGUCUGGAAAGAGAAAGGGACAGACAGAGGAUACAAACUAUUAACACUGACAGAAGUAGCUCGACUCAGUCAAAACUCCCUGAGAGAGACAGGACCAGCCAACUGCAAACCCUGAAUAAUCAACAGACAGGGAGGGCUAACCAAUCAGGGGGUCCUGGGACUCUAGAGCAUGGGAGGAGCAGCCAAUUAAACACAGUUAACAGUUUGGACAGAGGGAGAGACCACCAACUACGAUCUGUUAAUACUCUAACAGAAGAAAGGACUGUCCAUUCACGCACCUCCACCAGUUUGGAGCGGAGUCGUGUCACCCAGCCAGGUGCUGGAAACAUAAGCGUCCAGUCACGGAACACUUCUAGCCUGGACAGACAAAAGGCUAACAUUUCACGCACUCUGAACACUUUGGAGAGGACAAAAGCCAACCAAUCAAGUGUAAGCAGUGGGACUUGA